AUGGAAUCGUUUGUCAACUUCCACCCUUUCCCCAGCAUCUUCAAAGACAGCCCACUCCAGGCCCUCGUUGGCUCUGAGAAAAAAAGUCUACUACAUCCAUCCCGGAGUCUUCUCAUGCAGCGGUUCCCCUAUACCAUUUUAUGCGUCUUGAAUUACCUCUACACCCGGACUUAUGACGUGCUUCACCGGAGUCCAGCUACCAAAGAAAAUCAAGAAUGCAGAAAGGAAGAUAGAGCUCAAGUUGCGAUGUCAAAAUCCUCAAGUUGGUCUCAAUUCCUAUCCUCCUCCGACUCAAACACUGAGGCCCACAAUGAAGCAUUACUGGAACGACCGGCAAAUCAAUUAAGACGAUCUUUACAAACUAGCUCGCAGUCGAAGACCAAGAAGGCGGAAGAGAACGUUGAUGGGCCGUCGAGUAAGCGAGGAACCAUUUUUGAUGAGCACCUUGGCAAUAUCGCUCUCCUGCAUGCUAAGGUUUACUGCUUCGCGCAUCAAUUUAUGUUUUCCGAGCUUGAAGAAUUAUCCUGCCAGCGGUUGAAGCAGGUUCUUCACGAAUCCGAUGUCCCCUCUGAUUUAUUUUUCCGACCCCUCGCUGAAGCCAUACGUCUCGUCUAUGGUUCAACUCUAGCACAAGACAGCACCAAUCCAGCUCGAACAUUACUCUAUCAAUAUGUGGCCUUCAAUUACCCCAGACUGUCGGACGCGAUUCUAGGCCCCCUUGUUGCGGAAGGGGGCGACUUUGCUGUUGAUCUCUCUCGCAAAUUAGCUGAAAAAGCACAGUCCUAUCACUCUUGCAUUGAAAAGCUGGAAGCAAAAUUGAAGACCCUGGAGCUUCGGGACAUAGAGCGCACUUUAAAACUGUCCGAAUCGAUGGGUCUUUGGAGUAUGAUGCACCAAUCUUGA